UGACGUUCCAGAAGUGGGGGCGGAGCUAGCAUCUGACUGCGUCGCAGCUGCCGGUGUCCGGGAUUGUCAUAGUAACCGCUGCUGUAGGACCCCGGCGUGGCUGACCAGAGACCCCCAGGUGCGAGGCGUGUGAGCCUGAGGUUGUGGUGACUGGUGCUAUCAAUGUGUCUUAUUGAGCUGCUGCUAUACAUGUGACCUUCAAUGAAAACCAGAUUGUGUGGUCCUAACUCAGACCGUAUGUACACUGACAAUGGUAGAUGUUGGAAAAUGGCCGAUAUUUGCACUUUGCCCUCAAGAAGAUCUGAAAUUUAUCCGAAAGGCUUGUGUGUUUGGUUCUGGAAAUGAAGUAUUAUAUAUCACAAAAAAUGAUGAGGUUUUUGUGAUGGGUACAAACAGCAGUGGCUGUUUGGGAACAGGAGAUGCAUUGAGUAUCAUUGAACCUAGGUGUCUUAAUGUUCUCUCAGGGAAGAGGAUAAUUGGUCUGAGCUGUGGAAGUGGCCCUCACGUCGUGAUUGUUACCUCAGAUGGUGAAGUCUAUAGCUGGGGUCAUAAUGCCUACAGCCAGUUGGGCAAUGGAUCUACUAAUCAAUCUUUAAUUCCAUCUCAAGUGUCCACCACCUUAAUAAACAAGAAAGUUGUGAGUGUGGCCUGCGGUUCACAUCACUCAAUGGUGUCCACAUCUGAUGGAGAGGUGUAUGCUUGGGGAUAUAAUAAUUCUGGGCAAGUUGGAUCAGGCUCCACGGCAAAUCAACCAAUUCCUCGAAGAGUAACUAGCUGUCUACAGAAUAAAAUUGUUGUGGGUAUUGCUUGUGGUCAGAUGAGCUCCAUGGCUAUAGUGGACAAUGGUGAGGUUUAUGCGUGGGGCUACAAUGGAAAUGGACAGCUGGGGCUGGGUAGCAGUGGAAACCAGCCAACGCCGUGCAGAAUAGCAGGUCUUCAAGGGAUUCGCGUGGAACAGAUUGUUUGCGGCUAUGCACAUACUCUGGCAUUGACAGAUGAAGGUAUAUUGUAUGCUUGGGGAGCCAACUCUUAUGGCCAGUUGGCGACAGGAAAUAAAAGUAACCAGUCCUACCCUGUCCAAGUAUGUGUGGAUAAAGAAAGAAUAGUGGAAAUUGCGGCUUGCCAUUCAUCCCACACGUCUGCCGCUAAGUCGCAGGGUGGUCAGGUGUUUAUGUGGGGACAGUGUCGAGGACAAGCUGUCAUCUCCCCUCAUCUCACCCACUUCUCUUGCACUGAUGAUGUGUUUGCCUGCUUCUCCACCCCUGCAAUAAUGUGGCGCCUCCUUUCAGUAGAGCCAGAUGAUCACCUGACAGUAGCAGAGUCCCUGAAGAAGGAAUUUGACAAUUCCGAGACCUCAGAUUUGAAGUUCUUAGUGGAUGAAAAAUACAUUCAUGUGCACAAAGUCCUUCUUCAGAUUAGAUGUGAACAUUUUCGUUCAUUCUUACAUGACAGUAAUGAAGAUGUAAUUGAAAUGAAUCAGUUUUCUUACCCGGUGUAUCAUGCCUUCUUAGAAUAUCUGUAUACUGAUAAUAUCAGCAUUUCUCCAGAGGAUGCCAUUGGACUUUUGGAGCUUGCUACAUUGUAUAGAGAAAAUCGACUGAAGCAGCUCUGCCAGCAGACCAUAAAACAAGGUAUCUGUGAAGAGAAUGCGGUGGUACUUCUGUCAGCUGCUGUUAAGUAUGAUGCUCAGGACCUAGAAGAGUUCUGCUUCAGAUUCUGCAUAAACCACAUGACCAUGGUUACCCAGACGGACGCCUUUGCUAAUAUGGACAAUGAUCUUCUAAAGAUAUUUAUCAAUAAGGCAAGCAAAGCUGGAGCCUUCAAGAACUGACUGACAUGUUGAAGAUGAUGGUGCUUACUUUGUUUCUGAACCUGAAAUACAAUCAGUUGGUGUACUUACAUAUUCAUCUGUUAAUUAAAUAUGUUCCUGUAAUUUAAGAGUGUUUUACAAAUUCCAGGAAGUAUGAAACUUAUUUCUCUUUGGAACAAUAAAAAAUUAGUUCAUUUUAAUACUAAUAAUAGUAAUUAUACACAUGGUUUUAUACUUUGACAAUUUUGGAAGGAUGGCAGUCUUGACUACUCUGCAUUUUAGGGACUAAUUCAAAUGAGCAUUAAGUAGGCAACUGAGCCUCCUGGUUCACUUGAAUAGCAAUAUUGCUUAGUAUGUAAUUUACUGUGCUUCACCCCAUAACAGCAAGCCGAGGUGUCAAGGCAAAAUAAACCGUUUAAGACAUCUUAAAGGGCUGUCUCAUCUUAGAAAUUGGUGGCAUAUCGCUAGGAUAUGCCACCAAUGUUAGGUGCGGGUCCCACACCUCUCUAUCUCUAGCCAGGGACCCCUGAAAUGAGUGGAAAGUGGCCGCCUUCCAUUACUUUCUACGGGACUGUGGAAAAUAUCCAAGUGUUGGCUGGCUAUCUCCAGCAGUCACAUAGAAGUAAAAGGAGAGGUGGCUGCACUUGUACAGUGUGCUCUUAAUUUCUAUGGUACUGAUUGCGCUCACUUGCCUGUUCUUGUAUCUCCCAUAGAAAUAAAUUGAAAGCAUGUGAGGUGUGCUCUCCUUCCCUUUCUGGGGCCCGUUCUGGAGAUAGGUGUGGGUUUCAGAGGUGGUCUCGCACCUAUCUGACUUUGACGGUAUAUCCUAGCGAUAUGCCAUCAAAGUCUGAGAUGGCACAACCCCUUUAAUCAUUACAUAGUGCUUUGCAUCUCUCAUGUUUCAGUUGCUAAGCCCUAAGGGUGUCUUCACACACUGAAGAUUUUUUUGAAGAAAUUUCUACAACUCAAAACCAGUUCAAUAAAAUGAAUAGAGUUCUAUCAGCAAGCACAUGGAUUUCUGCAAGCCCCACUUAGGCUGAGUUCAAUCCAGUCACUGUGUCCCAGUGUACAUGCGAGCUUUCAGCCAGAAAAAAAAAAUACUACUACACACAUUUUUUUUUGUCUAGCCAAAAGUGACCAUAUAUGCUGGAAAAUGACCAGAUUACCACCAGAUCCCAUUACAGUGAAUGGGGAUUUGGCGGUGCAUGGUUGUAUUCGGGUAUGCUGGAUACGGUGAACCCUGGCAGUCUUUUCCUCCGCUGGAACAGUCAGAGUUCACAGCGCAGAUGAAUGGAAUUGAUUUUCAGUCACAGAAAUUUGUGCAAACAAAAUCUGCCGUGUGAGGACAUCCUAAGACCUUAUACACACAAGCAUGUGCACUUUAGUUUACAAUACCAUUAGUGUUUAUUAGUGAGUGAGUCCUCCAGACAGGUUUACCACCAUGAAGUAACGCAUAGCCCUAUGUAUGUGCAGUUCUCAGAUUUGGGAUGCCAAAUAUGCUUGUGUGCAUGAGGCCCUAGGCAAAGUUUUCAGCGCAAGUGGUAACCAUUGUUGUAAUCCACCAUGUUACACAAUGCUCUGCAGUGAACAGUUAAAAGGAUGUGGUACAUACAAUACAGAGUGUGAGGUUUCAU